AUGGUAGAUGAAAACAAUGGUUGGUGUGGUGUGCAUUUUUUCGUUAGUGUGGAUGUGUUGUUGACGUUUGAGACUGUGAAGUUGUCGGAUUUAGAGGGACGCCCGGGGCAUCCGCAGCGGCGUAUUGCGCUGGUGGAGGGUCGGGCCGUCCCGGUGACGUCGUACCCGGCGGCCACGCUCUUUCUUGAGACGCUGCGGGCGAGCGGCAACGCGGUGUCGGUGGUGGCGCCGUGGGCCCCGGCGGUGACGGCGUCGAUCCUGCGGCUCUUUGGGUGGGACGCGUACGGCACCUGCCCGCUGCGGCCGGAGCCCGGACUGGACGCGUACCGCCUGUCGUCGGUGGGGUGCCACGUGGAGGCGUACGGCCGGGCGGUCGUCGUCGUCCCCGCCCGCGAGAAGUGGGACGCGGCGCUGUGGCCGCAGACUGUCGAGGUGCGGCAUGCGGCGGGGCAGCCGGCGGCGUCCCUCGCACUCGUGCGGGCCCUCUCCUCUUGUUUGCGCCUCGCUGAGUGCCGCGUGCGUCUCCCACACACCGCCGUUGCAGCCGGAGCCGCCCUCACACGGGCACAGCUCUUCGCCCCAUACCGUUUCUGCAUCGCAGACACUGUGGCCGAAGUUUCCCGUGUGGCGCUGCUUAUUAACGAACAUGGAGGUAGUCUGGUGACACGCUGCGAGGACGCUACACACUACGUCGUUCCAGACCCAGAUACAGCCUUACUAUGUACUCUUCAAAAACCAAGGCUGUCCACUUCACACAGAGAGAGAAGCUCCUCUUCCUCCACCUCCACUUCAUCCUCCAAUACGUCUGUUGACUCUUCCAUCGAAAAUGAGGAUGAAAGUAUUCUCUCAGAUGGAGAGGGAGAAAAUGAAAUUUGGGUAGAUGAUGAGGAGGGUGAAGAUGCUGGGAAUGUCGACUCGCCGUUGGCGCAGAUGGAUCAGACGGUGACUCUUCAUGAAGAAGAAACUAGUAACACCACUACCAACAAUGACAAUAAAAACAAAACCAAGAAGAAAGAUAAUAAUUUAGGUUCACAUCUUCCUGUUUUACCAGAUAUUAGUGAAAACCAGAGGGCUUCCGUGAGUGGUGCAUCUACAGGAGGAUUAAAAAUGACGACGACAACGACAACAACAUCAUCGUCAUCAUCUCAAACAGUUACAGCAAGUACUGUCACUACCCGCUGGUUGAAAGACUGUGUAGAUGGACUUUUGGUAUAUCCCCCACAAGUGGCUCAUACGAGUGAUGACAGCUCACAGUGGAAUAUUUCCGUCUUGCUAUUAGCUGUACUUCUUCCUCCACCAGACGCGGAACCUAUUUCUUUGUCUCAAAUAAACAGUAUUGCAGAACAUUAUGGUUUUCCACCUCUGCAAACAUCACAGACAACAGGUGGUGUUGACUUGGCCACUAUUCUUCAGAAACAGUGGGGAACAGCAUUACGUAUAGAAGUGAAGGGAGAAGACCUAUUUCUUUCUCAUCCUCCCAUUCCGUCCAAUGAAGACGGAUAUGAGUUGAAAAGACAAUUUGAAUUUAUUGCUGAUGCAUUUUGUGAUACAUGGUCGACAGCUAUGCGAAACAAACGGCUUCGUAAUACAAUAGAAACAGGUACACAAACUGCUGUGGUAGUGACUGCAGUAGCUGAGACAAAUACUGAUGCUAUACCUACAUUUUUAGAAAGUACUUCUGUGGAGGCACAGCCUCAAGGGCGAACACUCUUAAAGCGUGCAUUAGCUCCUACAGAAUGGGCAAAAGAACUGGACUUUUCUUAUCCGACAAGCACAACAUCACGUCCAGUAGAAUCCUUAGUGGCAUCAGAAAGUACAAAUGGUCUAGCAGUGGUGACUGAACCGCCACCAGUAUGGGAAACAUCACCAGAGACCUAUAAAGCAAAUAUCUCUAGUGAAGAGAGCAAAGGAAUUGGUGUACUACAGACACAUGAUGAUGUAAAGGAAACGACUAUAAUUGAUAAGGUAAAAGAACCGGAGGAUGAUAACAAUGAGUAUAUGAUGUGUUUUAUUCCUACUGAUGGACUCGGAAGUGAUCAGGAGACAUUAGAUAAAGAUUCUUUGCUACGACAACCACCGUUCCGAAACUAUCCAAUGAAGCUUACUAUUGAUGAACGUGGGAUUCAUUGUCUUUUUGUUACUUCUCUUGAUGCAAAAAGGUUUCGUCAGGAGGGUUAUGCAGAAGUACGUAAUCGUUUCUUACCUAUUUUACCAGAGUAUGAGAGUGAAAACCUCUCAUCUAUGGGGUCUCGAAAGCGUCGUCGUAGUCGAUCACCAGUGAUAAAAAAAUCAGGAAGCAGUUCAUCAAGGAGUAGUCGCAAAGAUUCAUCUUCUAGUGGUCACAAUUCACAGUCACAGUAUGGGUUCUCAGAUGCAAGAAAAUCAGGAGAUAUCGUUACUAGUGGUGAGUUAUCAAAAAGUGAUAUGGAACUUCUGAAUGAAAUAGGUGCAACGUAUGAUUUUGCCCUUCAGAAAGUGGAUGUGGUAGAGCAUUACGCUCUUAAUGACCUUGCAGAUCCUGUGUAUCGCAAGCAACAGCAUCAACUUCUUCGAGUGGUAGCUAAAUUGAAAUACAUAAAGGCAAACUCUGUUUAA